AUGUCAACUUUUCCAUUAAUUUUAUUUACCUCUCUAUACAUCACACACUCCAACCUCGCUGCGCAACUCUUCCUGGAUGAAGAGCACGAUCCACCCGAGUUUGUGUCUGUCAACGACAGUGACAACUACAAACUUGGCAAUAUUAGAAGACACAAUGUCGUCAUUGCCGUACUUCCCCUUGGCGAAUACGGAAUAUCAUCCGCUGCAGGUGUCGCCAAAGACAUGCUUCACAGCUUUCCCAACAUCAGAAUCGGUCUGAUGGUCGGAAUAGGCGGUGGUGCACCCACUAUUGAGCAUGACAUUCGCCUCGGAGACGUUGUCGUUGGCAUAUCCAGCAAUGAUAAAGGCGCUGUGUUUCAGUAUGACUUUGGAAAGGCUGUGCAAGGUCAAGAAUUUCAGGCUACGGGCUUUUUGAACCAGCCGCCGACUGGUCACCAGCUUGACACGCACAUCAAUGACAUCCUGGCAACGAACCCAAGACUUCGAAAAGACUUGCAACGUACCGAAACCGGUACUGAUCAAAUAUAUCGCCUCUCAAAGGUGCAUCCCAAGGUUGGUAAGUCUAGCUGUGCGGAAGCUUGUGGUGAUGACCCAUCAACCUUGGUAUCGCGACCCGACUGUGGAGAACACGAAGACGACCCGACUAUACACUACGGCCUGAUUGCUUCAUCGAAUAGCUCGAUAAAGGAUGCUUUAGCACGCGACGCCCUUGCGGCGAAGAAAGGUAUUCUCUGCUUUGAAAUGGAGGCAGCCGGACUUAUGAAUCAUUUGCUAUUUCUGGUUAUCCGCAGGAUAUGCGACUAUUCCGACUUACACAAGAACAAUGAAUGGCAGGGAUUCGCAGCAAUGAUGGCAGCUGCAUAUGCAAAAGAUCUGCUGAAUCAGAUCCCCCCAAACAAAGUAGAGGCCGAGAAGCCUAUCAGCGAAAUUUUGAGCUCUAUUGAAUCUAUGGGAAACGAAAUACAACAUACAGUGAUGGAUUUGGCAUCUGACAGCCGUUUCGCUAAAAUCAAGAAGUGGCGAUCCCCAUCGGACUUUUCGACCAAUGCCAACAUGGCAAGACAACGCCGUCACCCUGGCACUGGGACCUGUCUUAUCCAAAGCUCUGUCUUUCAGCAAUGGAAACUCGGGUCACGUCGACACCUAUGGCUCUAUGGUCUAGCAGGAUGCGGAAAGACCAUCUUGACUGGGACAAUUCUGGAUUAUCUCCAGGAAUCAGAAAAUAAGCACACUACUAUCACAUUCUUCUUCGAUUUCAACGAUACUAGAAAUCAAAAGUUGGAUGAUCUAGUACGCUCAUUGGCAACUCAGCUUUACCAUGCUAGUAGCGAAGCGGAGGAGACACUCGAUCGUCUUUUUACUACGCACCAUGACAGAUGCAGUCAACCACAAACAGAUGCCUUUUCAAAUUGUAUUAGCACAAUGAUACACGUCACUAGUGAUGUUUUCAUCAUCAUCGAUGCUCUGGGCGAAUGCACAACGAGAGAUGAGCUUUUGCGUUAA